GUAUUGAGAACUGCCUCCAGCGGUUGGACAAGCACAGUUUUGUCUAGUAAACUCUAGCUAACGUUUUACCCCGCAUCUGUCUGCUCGGAAAACAGCUUCAUCUACCAAAAAUAGAUAGUGCAGUUAAUUUAAGAAUAUUCCCGAUGAUGAUAUGUGUUACUAAGAAUCGGCGUGGCGCGUGAGAGUUGAUGGUGGGCUGCCUCUCAAAAUUCUCUGAAGUUGUUCAAACAGGAGAAGAUAUAUAAUGCUUCUUCAACGAGACGAGCUUCAAUGAAAUAAUUAAGCUGCCUGCCUACACAGCGUUUUGGGCAUCAGACAUUUGAUGCCAGACUGUCUACUUGAUUUCAAGGCACAACCAUGAAGAUUUCGUUCAUCAGUGGUAGGUGGUGGAGAUGGAAGUUCCAGAAUACUCUUUCAGUUUUCCUGCUGCUGAUCUGCUUUUCGAUCUCAGUAGCACAGAGCUGCCAGAGUAGCGUCAGCUGCAAUGUGGUGCUCACCGACUCCCAGGGCUCUUUUACCUCCCCCUGCUACCCCAAUGACUACCCACCCAGUCAGGCCUGCAAGUGGACCAUACAGGCCCCGACCGGCUUUAUAGUGCAGAUCACCUUCCUAGAUUUUGAGCUCGAGGAAGCGCACGGCUGCAUCUAUGACCGCAUCAUCAUCAGCACUGGCACAAAUGAUGCCAAAUUUUGCGGCUUAACACCCAAUGGACUAACUCUCAACUCCAGUGGCAAUGUGAUGGAGGUUUCCUUUAACUCAGACUUUAGUAUCCAAAAGAAAGGCUUCCAUAUCAGUUACAAGCAAGUGGCAGUGGCACUGAGGAACCAGAAGGUCACAAUGCCAAAAAGCAGCAGGAAUGUAGUGAGAGUGUCCAAUUCAGUCUCCAUUCCUGUUCUCACUGCAUUCACUGUGUGCUUUGAGAUUGCCCGCACAGCUCAGAAGAGCACAGAGACCAUCUUUACCUUGUCUGAUGCCUCUGGGACAUCCAUUUUGGCAUUUGAGAAGACACAGAGAGGCAUGGAACUGUUCAUCGACGGUUCCUUCUGCUCUGUAAAUGACCUGCUCACCAGCUCAGACAUCACAUCCAGCAUGACACCCAUCUGCCUCACCUGGACCAAGUCCACUGGCCUUGUGGCAGUGUACUUUGGAGGCCACUAUCGAGCCAAAACCUGCGCACCCUCUCAGGUUUACACCUUGUCGAGUGGGGGAACCCUCCAGCUUGCAGGAAAAGGGUCAAGCUCGGUCAGUGUGGACGAUCAGAAUUUGGAUGGCUUCAUAUACAAUUUCCGAUUAUGGAAUUAUGCCAUGCCCUACUCCGAGCUGUCUGCCCUCACCUGUGAUGUUGAGGGAAACGUCAUUGACUGGGAUCAUCGCUACUGGACUAUCCCAGGCAGUUACACACAGACCGACAGCACACUCAGCUGCAGUACUGCCAUAGCAACUCUUUCCCCGAGAACCACGGGUUGUGCUUCCCCUGGACUUGGCUGCCCAGCAACAUUAACUGUUACCACCGCUUCCAUUGCCACCACUAACACGAUUCCUAUUAAUGCAGCAACCCAUGAUAAUAUUUACAAAAUACCACCCGUGGUAACUGAUGAACAAGCAAACACCCCAGACAGAGAUGCUAAGACGAUGAUAUCUCAAUGGCUCAAUCAAACAUUUCAAAACUGGAUCUACAGAGUUUAUGUUGAAAGUGUCAGGGCCACAACUAUACGACAAACCUACAUGGCCCUGCUGGUGUAUAAGAAUACCACUGAUGCAAGUCUGGCAGAAGUACAGAUUGAGAACAUACUGAGAAGUGCCCCUGCAAUUGGAAAUGGCUUGAUAUUGAACAGAGUGACUGUGAACUUAAUGGAAAACUGUCGGGCAGAGGAGUUCCCUCACUACAGAUGGCCAGAGAGCAGACCCACAGUCACCCAGUAUAUCCCCUGUUUCCCUUACAAAGAGCAAAACGCAUCCAGGACUUGCAUGAUUAGCCAGUAUAAUUAUACAUCAUAUUGGACCCUGCCGGACCGUGGAAACUGCACUAAUAUAACAAGCAUUUCAGUUUCACAAGAGAAUGCAAUGGAAGUGGCCGUGCAGCUCGCUGACAUCACUAAUAGUGAGCUCUCUAAGGAGGAGGUGACACAGGUUGUCUUCAAGGUGAAGGAGCUUGUGAACAUAGCCAAAAUCAACGCCACCCUGGCCAGCACUGUGGUCACUAUCAUCUCCAACGUCAUGAUCAGCUCAGAGGCCGCUCAAAAGGACGCCUCAGAGACAGCUCUCAAAGCAGUGGAUGAAUUGGUGCAGAAGAUUGAGUUUGAUGGACCCUCACUAGCCAUCACAUCCAAAUAUCUGGCUGUUGGAGUUUCUGCUCUAAACAUCAGCAAUUUUAAUGGGACCACUUUCAGUGCAUUUAUAGCCACAAACCAGACAGACCCUCAGAUUGAUUUUGAGUCAGAAGCCCAGAAUGCUUUGGCUGUGGUCACUUUACCUCCAACACUACUGCACAACUUGAGUAAUUCACAAAUGGAAAGCGUGUCCAGAAUAAACUUCAUGUUUUUCAGCAAGACAGGACUCUUUCAGGAUCGGCAAAGUAAUGGCAUGUCCUUGAACAGCUAUGUGGUGGCUAGCAGUGUUGGCAACUUCACAAUCAAAAACCUGCAGGAUCCCGUCAAAAUAGAGAUUGCCCAUCUGGAGUACCAGAGAGAUCCGAAGCGUCUUUGUGUGUUUUGGGAUUUCACCCUUCAAAAUGACGAUCACAAAGGGGGCUGGAACAGUAAAGGCUGCGAGGUCAGUCCGGAGUCCAACAGCAACAGGACCGUCUGCUUGUGUAAUCACCUCACACACUUUGGCAUUCUAAUGGACAUCUCUGGAGCUUCGGCACAGAUAGAUGAGAAGAACAACAGGGUUCUUACCUUCAUUACCUACAUUGGCUGUGGCAUCUCAGCCAUUUUUUCUGCAGCAACACUGCUCACAUACAUCGCUUUUGAGAAGCUGCGGCGAGACUAUCCCUCCAAGAUCCUGAUGAAUCUCAGCACGUCACUGCUCUUCCUCAACAUGGUGUUUCUUCUGGAUGGCUGGUUGGCCUCAUACGACAUUGAGGGAUUGUGUGUGACAGUGGCUGUUUUUCUGCACUUUUUCCUUCUCACUUCCUUCACCUGGAUGGGUUUAGAGUCCAUCCACAUGUACAUUGCCCUGGUCAAGGUCUUCAACACCUACAUACGGCGAUACAUCCUCAAGUUUUGUCUCGUGGGAUGGGGUGUCCCUGCUUCAAUUGUUGGCAUUGUGUUGGCUGUGGGCAAAAAUUCUUAUGGAAAAAAAUAUUAUGGAAAAGGAGAGAAUGGACAGGGCACAGAAUUCUGUUGGAUUCAUAGUCCGGUGGUAUUCUACGUGACGUGCGUGGGCUACUUUUCCAUGAUCUUCCUGAUGAAUGUUGCCAUGUUCAUCGUGGUCAUGAUGCAGAUCUGCGGCCGUAACGGCAAGCGCAGCAACCGAACACUUCAAGAGGAGAUCUUACGUAACCUGCGCAGUGUGGUCAGCCUGACUUUCUUGCUGGGCAUGACCUGGGGCUUUGCUUUUUUUGCCUGGGGUCCAGUCAGCUUGGCCUUCAUGUACCUCUUCUCCAUUUUCAACUCCCUACAGGGAUUAUUCAUAUUUGUGUUCCACUGUGCCCUGAAAGAAAAUGUACAGAAGCAAUGGAGGAGAUACUUGUGCUGUGGAAAGUUUCGCUUGGCAGAUAACUCGGACUGGAGCAAGACUGCCACUAAUAAUACCAAGAAAGUGAGUUCCGAUAACCUGGGAAAAUCCCUCUCCUCCAGUUCCUUUGGCUCCACUACAGCCAACUGGACGUCUAAAGCCAAAGCCACACUAAACCCCUUUGCCAGGCACAGUAAUGCAGGUAAAGGUUUCUCCAAUCAGAGCAGUCCCAAAUGCAGCCCUUCUGACGGAGAGGCUUCCUCGUCCAUCCUCCCCGUCCACCAGGUCCUGGACAAGGUAAAGGGCUACUGCUCCGUGCACUCGGACAACUUCUACAAAAACAUUAUCAUGUCAGACAGCUUUAGCAACAGCACUAAAUUCUAGUGAAAGGAGGCUGAGACGGAGCCCUGUUCUGUCCCACAAACUUACCUUGUGUGUAAAGACUAUGCUACAUAUUGAGUUAACCUUCCAAGUCCUUCCACCCUCCACGACUGGAGUAGAGAAACACAUAACCUUGUAGAGAGGGCAAGCUAUGAAAGUGUGGAAUUAACAUACUGUGAUAUUCAGCUUAUAGUGACUAUGUUACCAU